GCCUCCGCUGUUAUCCCACAGAGGGCGCUAGCAGCUUUCCAUUGACGAACAUGCUUGUUCUGGGCCUCUAGUAAACUUAAGCCUGUAAGCAGACCGACACGUUGAGUCUGACCAUUCAAACUGGUUUCAUGUAGCUGUUAUUUACACCAGUUUAACCUCAUUUGAGUUUUAAAACCGAGAUAUUUAAAUAUAUCUUCGAUCGUAGCAGCAUGCUAAUCGCCUGUUUGCUGUUAGCUAGCUAGCUAGCUAGCUAGCAGCUCUAGAAACAGAUGUUAGCCCCCGGUUUGUAACGGGAUUUGAGAAGCAUCCUCUCGUCAAAAGUAUGAAAAGCGUGCUAGUUUGUUUAAAGUAACCGGGCUAAAUGGAUCUUAAGUUUUAUUCCGAGCUGUCGGAGGGCUGUCCUCCCAAUGUUGACACGGAGUUCAUGGACACCCAGGCUUACGGGGGAUACUCCGAGGAGAACAAGUUUUCGGAAGGCAGCGACAGCUAUCUGACCAUCGGCGGUGCCGGGCAUCAUUUCUUAUCCGCGGAGCAGACAUUCCACACUCCCAGCCUCGGAGACGAGGUCUUCGAGAUCCCCCCGAUCUCCCUGGACCCGGACCAGGCUCUGAGCAUCGGCGAGGCGGUGUCCCACUUCGACCUGACCGACAGCUCGGAGGACACCAGCGGGUCCUCGGGCUCCAGAAGCCUGGUCAGCAACCUGGUGGUGGAGGCCAACGAUCCGUCCUUCGCCUCCACCUUCGUGAACUCCGGCUCGCAGGGUCUGGAGCAGCUCAGCCUCGGGGCGAUGGGCCAAGGCGGAGGGGGAGCCCUGCUGAGCUCCUCUGCCCUGGAAAUGGGGAAUUCUGGCGGCUCCCAUUUCAGCCGUUCCCCUCCCAUGACCAUCGACGUUCAGCUGAGCGACUUGGGCCACGGUCUCCUGGAGGGCACCGCGCUCGGCGGCAUCAACCCGUCCGAGCUGACGCUGGGACUCGGCGGAGGCAACGCCGGGCGUCAUUCGGAAGCGCCCGACGAGCCGCUGCUCAUCUCCUCGUCUCCGGUCGGUUCCCUGCAGGACGAGGACAUGGACGACUUCAAGAGAAGCGUGCUGGUGGACUCGCCCGUGUCCCUCUCCUCCUCCCCGAUCCUGUCCCACGUGUCCUCCUACUCGGCGGCCCCGACCCCCGUCUCCCCGGCGGCGGCCCGGCGCGGCGGCGGGAAGCCUGCCGCUCUGGCCUCGGCGGCUGAGGCGGCCGGAGCAAAGAAAGGAAGGAAGAAGAAGGAUCCCAACGAGCCACAGAAGCCAGUGUCGGCGUACGCGCUGUUUUUCAGAGACACCCAGUCAGCCAUCAAGGGCCAGAACCCCAACGCCUCCUUCGGCGAGGUGUCAAAGAUCGUGGCGUCCAUGUGGGACAGCCUGGUGGACGAUCAGAAACAGGUUUACAAGAAGAAAACAGAAGCUGCCAAGAAGGAGUACUUGAAGGCGCUGGCAGCUUAUAAAGCCAGCCAGCUGUCACAGUCAGCUGCUGUGGAGACAGAGAGCUCUCCAGCUGUGGUGAAUCUGAGCCCUGCAGCCCCUCCUUCCGCCGGCCAGCAGGCCUUUCUCCUGCCCUCUGCUAACAGCAGCAUGGACGCCAGUAUCUGCGCCUCAAACAUCAUCCUGGACGUCCCAGAGGUGGCCCCGCCCUCCCACUCAGGGGCAAACCAAGCCGUCGCGCCAGCCGGCGUCCUGCCUCCAUCCCAGACCAUCACCAAGAUCAUCAUCCCCAAGCACCUGCUGCAAGGCGGGGGUCAGGUGGUGACCCUGCUGUCCGGCGGGGUCUGCGCCACGCAGCCGACCCUCCUGGUGUCGAGCGCCGCCCGUCAGCCGCCGCCUCUGCAGCAGAUGCAGAACGCGCCGCCCCCGCCGCGGCUCCAGCAGAUGGCGCCGGCCCCGCCGCCGCUACAGGCCAAGCCCAGAGAGGGAGCGACGACGCUGAGCCAACCGGUCACCUUCGCGGCGACGUCGCCCCCGCCGCUCCAGAUCAAAAUAGUCCCGGCGUCCGUCCAGGACCGAUUGGCCGCCACCGUCCUGGUACCCAGCGCAGCGGCAGCGGCUGCGCCGGUGCAGGCGGCGCGAAUAGAGAACUCUGCUGCAGCUUCAGGCGACGACGACGUCACCGAGGUGCUGGAUUCAGACGAGGACGUGAUGGAGGUGAGCGCGUCCGCCGGCGCCGCCUCGGCGAAGAGCAUGUGCGUGAGAGCGGGCUGCACCAACCCAGCCGUGGACAGCGACGACUGGGACAAGGAGUACUGCAGCAACGAGUGCGUGGCCACCCACUGCAAAGACGUCUUCAGGGCGUGGUGCUCCAUCCGGAACCAGAACCUCGGGACGGUGAAGUGAAGAGCGCCGCUCACACAGACACAGCAGCGGAUUGUUUUUGCCCAGUGACACUAGAUGGGUUUAAAAAAAAAGCGGGACUGAAACGAGGAUUAUGGGAUGGUUGUUGUCACUGCUUCGUAUGUAAAUUGUAGUCAAACAGUUUAAGAGAAAAGCUCGCGUGAGUAAAAGCGAUCCAGAACUGGAGACGACCAUUCCUCUCCUCUGCUGCUGACCUGGUCACAGAAAUCUUGUUUCUGCUGAGCGUGCGGGUCAGCCGCCAGAGGACCUAAAGGCAGCUAGUCAAGCUUGGACUUUUACACUUUAGACUUUUUUUUAGGACAGCAAAGGAGAAAAGUUCCCUGUGACUGAUUUUAACAGAUCCAGAUGUGUUCAGAUGAAGAGGCCUUCCUCCUGUUCUAUGCGUUUGGUUCUGAUCACAGCUUUUCACGACGAGUAAUGCCUUAAACUUUCUUUUUUUAUGUAAAAAAUUUUAACCAGGCAGUUUAGUGGUUUCUAAAUAUUCAGUUCUUAUAUGUUGUUUUAUAAUAAACAUGAAAAGCCCCAAACGGA